AUGUGGGCCUUAUCGCCAACCGCCGCCAUUGGUCACGUCAUUGACAUGAACGGCGAAAUGGCCGCACCACCACAGAUUGUCAACAAGACAUAUGACUUCAGGAUGAUGGAGAUGAAGACAUUCCUCAAAAACACGCAGGCGCGGCUAGACAAGGGGAAGCUGCGGCUGGAGGACCUGCUGGGAUUCAAGGGAAGAUCCAAGGGCGGCAGCAUGCUGGACCACCUGCAGGAGGUGCUGAGUAGCUCUGGCCAGAUCACCAAGAAAAUAAGCGGCACUGUGAAGGAGACGCGUGCACGCAUGCUAGCCAAGCUGGAGGCGCGGCUGAAGGAACAGGCUUCAGGGGAGACAUUGGCGAGGGCGCGCAGCAAGCAGGGGCCCCUGCCCUGGCUGCAUGCGCUGAUGGACAAGGUGGCAAAGGGUGAGUGGGCCAAGCAGAUUGCGAAUUAA